GCGCCUAUUGAAGAUCCACCACUCGCUACCUACCAAACCCUAGAAGAAUACACGCACACAAUCUCCAUUGGAGAGAGAGAGUGCGUGUGUGUGUGAGUUUGAGAAGGGAGAAGCUCAGAGCCAAGGAGUGUAUAUUCUCUCUCUCCUAUUUUAUUGAUCCCAUACUCAAUCCAGUUUGUGACUUGAGAUCGAUCGGCGAUGGCGGCGGCAGUACCGGCGGUGGCGGCACAACAACCUGUUUCUGCUCAAGUUGUUGGGAAUGCGUUUGUGCAGCAGUAUUAUCAUAUACUGCACCAUUCACCAGGGCUGGUAUUUAGGUUUUAUCAGGAUAUAAGCAAACUUGGUCGCCCUGAAGACGAUGGCUCCAUGUCCAUCACUACCACUAUGCAAGCUAUCAAUGAAAAGAUACUUUCACUUAAUUAUGCGGACUUCAGAGCAGAGAUCAGGUCUGUGGAUUCCCAAGAGUCCUUCAACGGGGGAGUCCAUGUCCUUGUUACUGGAUACUUGACUGGGAAAGACAACUUGGUCCGAAAUUUCUCUCAAACAUUCUUCCUGGCUCCACAAGACCGAGGGUACUUUGUUUUGAAUGACAUGUUUCGAUAUGUGGAGAUUGUCAAUCAACAAGACACAGUCCAGGUUCCAGAAACUGAUGUGCUGGCUCCUGUUACUACCGAGCAAAUUGCUGCAGAUCCCCCUCCAGCUCAGGAGAACCACAUUUCUGAGCAGAGUACACCAUCCGCCGAGGAAGCUAAUGGGGGAGAAGUUUACAACCCUCCUGAGAAUGAUAAUGUGCCUGUUGUUGAAGAGGAAGUGCCUGUGGCUGAGGUUGUUGAUGAAGUGCAAGGCGACUCUCAAAUGGCAGCUGAAUCUAACAUCAUAGUUGAAGACGUGCCUAAGAAGUCUUAUGCUUCAAUUGUCAUGCAUCUAAAGGAAAGUGCUGCAACUUUCUCCCCUCCUCCAGCACCUGCUCCUAGGAAGAUUGUGCCGAAGAGUGUUGGGCAAAUGAGUCAACCUCCUGCAGCAGCACCAGCUGACAGCCCUGUUCUGAGCUCAGAUUUUGUUGAUAAUGUGAAUAACCAAGAGGGAGAAGCAGCUGAUGGCUACUCCAUCUACAUCAAAGGUCUGCCUAUGAGUGCCACUGCUGCCAUGCUCGAAGAUGAGUUCAAGAAGUUUGGGCCUAUCAAGAAUGGAGGCAUUCAAGUCCGAAGUAACAGACAACAAGGAUUUUGUUUUGGCUUUGUGGAAUUUGAGGUCGAACCUGCUGUGCAAAAAGCGAUUGAGGCAUCUCCAGUUUUAAUUGGUGGACGCCAAGCUGUCGUUGAGGAAAAGAAGUCUACCAAUUCUCGAGGUAACACUAGGGCUAGAUAUCCAUCUGGAAGGGGUUCUGGAUUCAGGAACGAUGGAGGACGAGGGCGAGGAAACUAUGGAGGUGGUAGGGGCUACAAUCAUGGUGAUUUCAAUGGAAGAAGCGAGUUCAACAAGGGUGGCAAUCGUGGAGGGUCAUCCAACCAUGGGGGUGAUAGAUAUCAGCGAACUGACAACAUGGGAGGUAACAGUGGGCGGAUGAAUCAUGGUGGUGGGAUGCCUAAUGGAGCUGCCAAAAAUAUGCCACCACGGGUUUCUGCUACAGCUUGAAAAGUAGUAGCUUCAGGCAAAUAUGUCAGCUGAAUUUAGUAAUUUUUCAUUUUGAUUCAUAAUUAAAUGGUUGGAUGUCGCAUAGGAAGAAGUUUUGUCAUGAGCUGUGAUAUUUCACAAGAGCUCGUUUCGCAAAUUUUCCUUCCCCUAAUUUUUCCCGUUAAUUGGUAUAGGUAGGAAUUGAGUUUCGGGUAGCUUUUAUUUUGUAGCAUAUGGGUUUCUUAUCCCCUAGGAAGAGGUUAUCCAAUCAUUUUGUAAGCCUCUUUGUAUUGAAUUAUUUUUUGGGGCAUUUUACUUGUGUUAACUCUUUAAAAUGAAUUCAGUUUAUCCAUAAAUCUCGAACUGCUUUUGGUAUCA